CUUGACACCCUUGGUAUAAAAAGACGCCUAACGGAUUUUUAUCCGAAUUAUUUGUUUGGCAAGCCUCUUUACCGGUCGCGCUGAACGUCGCCUGAAUUAAUUUGUAAAAUUAAUUCUGCGUUAAGUUAAACAAAACUCAAGUUAAAAUGCGUGAGUGCAUCUCUAUCCACGUUGGCCAGGCUGGAGUCCAGAUUGGAAAUGCCUGCUGGGAACUGUACUGCCUUGAGCAUGGCAUUCAGCCUGAUGGCCAGAUGCCAACAGACAAGACAAUCGGUGGUGGAGAUGAUUCCUUCAACACCUUCUUCAGCGAGACUGGAGCUGGCAAGCAUGUGCCCCGUGCCGUGUUUGUGGACUUGGAACCUACAGUAGUAGAUGAGGUCCGCACUGGCACAUACAGACAGUUGUUUCAUCCAGAACAACUUAUCACUGGGUCCCCUUCCCCAAUCAACCCCCACCCACCCCCCUCUCACCCCUCAAAUCGUGCGAUGGUAAUGUACAGUCCUUCCAGUGUGGCCGCCUGUGUUCCCUUCAUGUAA